CUGAACUCUUGUCGUCCCCGGGUUAAGGUCCCUGCUGAAGUAUCUACCUAACAUAAUUGUGCCCUGGAUCUGGAAGGCUGUGUUUGAGAGAGGUUAAUAAUGUCUGAACUGUUUAUGGAGUGUGUGGAGGAGGAGCUGGAGCCUUGGCAGAAACAAGUCCCUGAUGUCCAAUUGAUAGAGGAUGAUGAUGACGACGAUGAUGAACCCAUCUUUGUUGGAGUGCUUUCUAAUAACCAAAAGGAGGGUAAGCCUAACCCUCCACCUCCUCAGAGAAGCAAUGCUGUGAAACCCGAAACAAAGCGUCCUGCUCCUCAGCCGGCUGUAGGCUCCUCACCCAUAAUGCUGCCUUUGAAUGUGGCUGGAAAUGCAGUGAACACAGCAGCACCAAAUGUGACGACAGUGACUCCCCAGCCUGUUAUUGUCAACAACCAGGGCUUUAUUGUCGCAUCUCCAAAUUUGGCAAACAGAGAUUUUCUCGCCUCUCUUGGGAACCAGUAUCCUCCUGGGACUUCAUUUACAUUCGUUUCAGCUGGUCAGCAGCAGCUCUUUCAGCAGGUCGCUCCAGGGACAGUAAUACCUGCUGCUGUCCACAGACCUCAGGUGCAACAAAUCAGCAACAACAUAGUGACGCUGGCUAACGUCCGAAGCCCCACUGUGUACUCAACGCAAGCUACUCCACUGCAACUCAACCUCUCCAACUCACAACAUCCCCAGACCUUCGCUGUACCUGUACAGACCAAUAACAAUAACAGAGAUCAAAAAUUAGUUAAGCGAGGAAUGCCACCGCAACAAACAGACAACGCAGCAAAAAGACUCAAGGUCGAUUUUGGGCCGACAAACGCUGCGGUCCCAGUGGAAAAUGGGGUCGAUAAGAAAAAGUGCCCCAAGUGUGAAGAGGAUUUUCUCACACUUGAGGCACUGAGAAAUCACAUGACGUUCUUUCAGGGCAGCUGUGCAAAUGUUCACAGCACAGCUACAGACAAUAGUUCCAACAAGCGCAUCAUGCUCGUCUCAGAUUUCUAUUACGGCCGCUUCGAGGGGGACAGGAACAAGAAGGAUACGACAACUAGGUCCAACAACACGUUCAAGUGCCAGAGCUGCUUGAAAGUUCUUAAGAACAAUAUCAGGUUCAUGAACCAUAUGAAGCACCACCUGGAGCUGGAGAAGCAGAACAGUGAGAGCUGGGAAAGCCACACAACCUGCCAGCAUUGCUACCGGAAAUACGGGACUCCAUUCCAGCUGCAGUGCCACAUCGAGGCCGCACACAGUUCCAUUGAAUCCUCAACCAAUUGCAAGAUUUGUGAGCUGGCGUUUGAAUCAGAGCAGGUUCUCCUGGAACACAUGAAGGACAACCACAAGCCCGGGGAAAUGCCCUACAUGUGCCAGGUCUGCAAUUACAGGUCCUCUUUCUUCUCCGAUGUGGAGACACAUUUCCGAAGCGUCCAUGAAAACGCCAAAGACCUGCUCUGUCCGUUCUGUCUCAAAGUUCUGAAAAGUGGUCAUGUGUACAUGCAGCACUACAUGAAACAUCAGAAAAAAGGGAUCCAUCGCUGUGGCAAAUGCAGGCUGAAUUUCCUCUCCCUCAAGGAGAAAUUAGAACACAGGACUUUAGGCCACAAGACCUUCAGGAAACCUAAAGCUUUGGAGGGCCUCCCUCCAGGAACAAAGGUGACCAUUCGAGCCUCACUCACAGGAAAGUCGACCUCACUGCCAACCUCCCCAGAUCGACCUGGCCUUGUCGGUUCACAAACACAAAGUGUGAAUCAGAAAACCAAACCUCCUGUCAGCGUCUCCAGCUCAAGGUCAACCGCCUCUGCAGCAGGAAAAGCAAAGACGACUCAGAGCAAGAAGCAAAAUAGCCGCACUUCCAAGCACAACCUGAUGCUCAGGAAUCUAGCAAGAGAAAACGGAAGAUGUUACACAUGCAUCGAAUGCAACUCACAAGUCGAUGACUUUUUUUGUCAUUACCCGAUGGUUUCAAAUUGUGGAGCGUGCAAAUAUACAACGAGUUGCAAAAUUGCCAUUGGGAAUCAUAUGAUAAGAUUUCAUAGCACCAUAACAAAAAACAGAUUUUUCAAAAUGGAUAACAAGAAGACAACAUCUGCACUAAAAUUGACGCUGGUCUGUCUCAACUGUGACCUCCUCACUGAUGGAUCAGGAGGUGAUCUAAUGACCAGACACUUAACUGACAGACCAAAUCACAUCUGCAAAGUCAUUCAGGAGAAAGCAGAUAUGAAAACCAAAGGACGAGUGAAUUGCAUCUUGGGACAGCCAAUGAAAGUCUUGUACCUCAUGUCAACGACAUCGUCUCAGAAACCAAAGGAAACAGACCUGAAGCUAGUGGAAAGUGUUAAGUCUGGAAGUGUUACCGCUACAGAGUCUGACAAACCAGAAUCAGAGCCGAUGUUACCAGCAGGCGAUCCGGAGAAGGGUUCCACAGAAAUGAUUGUGAUUGAAGGUUCCUCUGAAGGACAAUUGGAGCAGCCAUCGCUGCCUGAUGUACCAUCUUCCAGUGCAUCAGAGGAGGUUCUAGCUCUCUGUGAGAAGUCUGUGGAUAAUUCAGAGAGUAUCGAGGUCAGAGAACAGCUGCCUGUCUCUGAGCACGAGACAGGGGAACAACAAACUAAAUCAGAAUGAAGCUGGAUAUCGACCAAACAAUAUAAAUAAUAGAAGAAGACUUUAGUUAUUGAGAACAACUGCUUCCUCAUCAAUUCACAACAUUUUUAUUUUACAAAUAUCAAACCUUUAGUUUACAUCACUGAUACUUCGGCUGCCACUUAUCCUCUCAACAGUCAUGUUUUUGUCAAGCCAAUUUUAAAGAAAAAAAGUAUUUUAUCCAAGAUUUCUUUUACUUUUCUGUCAGACUUUCAUAACUCCUUUAGAUGUAAAGAUAAAUCUGUUAAAGGAUGUGAAUCUUUCGUUUUCUUUUCUAUACAUUGAUAGGUUCCAGAGAACUCUGUUGUUUUUUAUUUGACUUGUGUAAUGUCAAUCAUGUACUUGUAAUGAUUGUAGCUUAUUUGUUAAAUGGUGGUAUCAUAUUUUAUAUUUCUUAAAAAAGGACAUUAUUAAACUCCCCAUUGAUCUCUAUUCAAAGUUAAGGUGAUUUAUUUUUUCUAUGACUUGGCUGCAACACUUUUCUCAGUGACACACAUUGUGCAUGCUCACUUAGUGUCCAGUCAUUUGUUGUUGCAAUUUCAAUUUAACACUCUGUCCAUAAAGUGCAGCAAUCUAAUUUAGCCUUUAAUUUUGAUAAUCCCAACAAGUUUGAGUCCUGUUUCAACAAAGUUUUUUCUUUCAGUUCAUGUUGAGAGAUUUGGUUUGCUUUUUAAGUCAUCAACAACUAUAUUUAAUGAAUUGGAGGUUUUCUUCCAUUUUAAGGCAUGUUUUUUUUUGGAAGACAUCUGAAGGCUGCACAAUAACAUUGAAUUUGAGAUUAAAAAGAAAAAAAGAAAAGAAAAACAAUGCGUUAUUGAAGUGCAUGCACUGUUAAAAAAAAAAUCCAGGUUUGUGAUAGAAUUUCAGUAAGUGAUGUGGUUCAUGUUAACUAAAUAGUUACCAGCUGGUUUUGAAAAUCUCAGAUAAACAUUUAUCUGAACAAUCACAAAAUGCUUUAAACUAUUGACAAAAUACAGUAGUACAUGUCUUAGAAUUAUGAGUCUCAAAUUGUUCCUCUAAAAAGUCGCUGGUAUUGGAUAAAAAGAAAAGGAAGGAAUACGAGGUUGUUAUUGACCUUUAUUUGAGGAGUCAGUUAUAAUGGUAUAUGUAAACCGUUAGACAAACUGAUAUAAUUGUCUUAAUCUUUACUGUGUUGAAGAAAUGUGUACAUGUUUGCUGUGGAAGAAGUACACACUGUCACACUCCAACUGAUGAUACAGUAUGUGUCAGCCAGUUUUUAUAUCCCUUCUGCUUGUUGAUAAAGUCACUCUUUCCCUUGUAUACAGGGUUCAAAGAGGCAAAUUCACUAUUGCUCAGUUUACUCUAUAUAAUGUAAAUAUAAAAGGUCAUUGUUCAUUUAGUAUGUUUUUAAAGAGGGAUUUCCCUUGUAUAUACAGCAUCAGUAGUACUAGACUGUAAAUGCAUAAAUGUAUAUGAUGUCACUGUAAAUGAAACUACUCUGAGUCUGUUUUAUUACCUUCCCACAUGGACACAUUCCCCUCAGAGAUCUCUACACUACUUGCUUUGUAUAAGUGUUUUCCUGAUUGGUAUGUAAAUAAACCUUUACUACAAGAUG